ACAGAGGAGAGAGAAUAUACUGUUCAUCAUUUGCUGCACAGUCUUCGCUCCCAUUCGGACAAAGCAGCAAAACCGAAAGCUGAAAAGCCAGUGUCGAUCUGUUAUCAGUUCCAUCAUUUCCUGACCUGACCCAAAUUUUCCUGGGAAAGUCCGCCGGAGAUUUUCUCAAGUCAUCGGUAUUUGAUUCGAAGUUAAUGACUUUGUGAAAUGGAUAUUGUUUGUUUUGUGCCUUAGAAAAAAAGUGAGGUAUGGAUUUUGGGUGUAAUUUUCGACAGCCAAAUGUGUUCCAUGGUGGUGAAGGCACGGGUUAUAGAGCGUUGGGUAGAUUAAGUUUGUAUUCGGGUUUUAAUUAUAAAGAUGUUCACUGUAAAAGAUUUCUUGGCAAUCCGAGGCUUUUAUUGAGAGCAUGCCCAGCAAAGAAGUUGAAAAAACUCCCUGCAUACAGUGGUAGUGUCAUCAAGUCCAUAGUUUCUAAAGGUGAAUUACAUAGUCAUUUGUGGUGUCAUAAUGUUUUCAAUUCUUCGGUCCAUAAUUUUGGGUGUACAAUUGAGACAUCAAGGGGCGUAGUUCAAUCACGAUGUCAGGGUAAUGAUUCGGUUGCAUAUAUUGAUGGUAAUGGUCGAAAGGUAGAAUUUGAAGAAAGUCCUAGUGAAGAGAGCUCAAGGGUGGGAAGUCAUGGCAGUGCAGAGUCGAAUGGUUUGCAAGAACAAUUGGAGGAAGAAGAUCAAGAAGUACAGGUGCGUGGUGUGGAUGAGUUGAGAGAGUUGUUGCAGAAGGCACUUAAGGAGUUGGAGAUUGCGAAGCUUAACAGUACCGUGUUUGAAGAAAAGGCUCAGAGAAUAUCAGAAGCUGCUAUAGCGUUAAAGGAUGAAGCAACAAAUGCUUGGAAUGAUGUUAAUUCUACCCUUAAUACUAUUCAAGAAGUUGUAAAUGAAGGGGCUGUUGCUAAAGAAGCUGUCCAGAAAGCAACAAUGACCCUUUCUUUGGCUGAGGCGAGGCUUCAGGUUGCACUGAAUUCAUUAACAUCUGCAAAAGAAACAGGGGUUUCACCAGAUGCUUGUGGAGAGAGUGAUUCAAAUUAUGAAUUGAGGGGAGAGAGGGAAGUGCUCUUGGUUGCUCAGGAUGAUAUCAGAGAGUUCCAGGAUCAUCUGGCAAAUUGUGAGACAGAGCUGAGACGGUUGCAAUGCAAAAAAGAAGAGUUGCAGAAGGAAGUGGACAGGCUGAAUGAGAUUGCAGAGCAAGCAGAAUUGAAUGCUCUGAAAGCUGAGGAGGAUGUUGCAAAUAUAAUGCUUCUAGCAGAGCAAGCUGUUGCUUUCGAGCUUGAGGCUACACAGCGCGUGAAUGAUGCAGAGAUUGCCUUGCAUAAAGUAGAGAAAAAUAUCUGUAUUUCCCAUGCAGAUACGCCAGAAAGUCCAAUGUCCCCAAAGGGAUCAUCGUCCCAUGGACAAGUAUUGAGUGAUGGGGCAAUCGUUGACGAGGAGCAAACGAGUCGAGGAACUUCAGGUGAUGUCAUUGCUGAAAGAGAUAAAGAUAUGCCAAUUGAUGUUGCUUCUUUGGUUGGGGAUGCUCUACCAGAUAACCGAGAGAAUGGGAAAUUAACUCUAGACUCACCAAAAGACACUGAAUUAGAUGCAGAGAAGUCAAAGAAUGUCCAACCUAAGAAGCAGGAAAUACAGAAGGAUUUGACUAGGGACAGCUCGCUGUUCAAUGCACCAAAAGCAUUAUUGAACAAGUCAUCCCGUUUCUUUUCUGCAUCAUUCUUCUCUUUUACAGUAGAUGGGACUGAGUUCACACCGGCUUCAGCUUUCCAUACUCUUGUAGAGUCUGCAAGUAAGCAAUUGCCUAAGCUGGUGGUUGGUUCAUUGCUUGUCGGAGCAGGGAUUGCUUUUUAUGCCAACCGGAAAGAUACAAUUAAUCAGCUGUUUCAACAGCCAGACAUUAUCACUACCAGUAUUGAUGAAGUUUCUUCAAACACAAAGCCUCUGGUCAGACAAAUAAGGAAAUUGCCCAAGAGAAUAAAAACAUUUAUGGAAAUGCUUCCUCAUCAGGAGGUAAAUGAGGAAGAAGCUUCUCUAUUUGACAUGUUGUGGUUAUUGCUUGCAAGUGUAAUAUUUGUUCCUAUAUUCCAGAAAAUCCCUGGAGGUAGUCCCGUUCUUGGGUAUCUUGCUGCUGGCAUCUUAAUUGGACCUUAUGGGCUCUCCAUUAUUCGUCAUGUACAUGUGACAAAGGCAAUUGCUGAAUUUGGAGUUGUGUUCUUGCUGUUCAAUAUUGGACUUGAGCUUUCUGUUGAAAGAUUAAGUUCCAUGAAGAAAUAUGUUUUUGGUUUGGGCUCAGCACAGGUCUUGGUGACAGCAGUGGUGGUUGGCUUGGUUGCUCAUUUUGUUACUGGGCAGCCAGGUCCAGCUGCAAUUGUCAUCGGGAAUGGCCUGGCAUUAUCUUCAACUGCUGUUGUCCUUCAGGUAUUGCAGGAACGAGGUGAGAGCACAUCUCGUCAUGGGCGAGCUACCUUUUCUGUAUUACUUUUCCAGGAUUUGGCUGUUGUAGUUUUGCUAAUACUCAUACCUCUUAUUUCACCAAAUUCAUCCAAAGGAGGGGUUGGUUUCCAAGCAAUUGCUGAAGCACUUGGAUUGGCUGCUGUGAAGGCAAUUGUUGCUAUUACGGCCAUAAUUGCUGGAGGGCGCCUG